AUGGCGCAGUCGCCUGUUAAAAACAGCUCACGUUCCACCCAUGAGCAUGCGAGAUGGCCGGCUCAAGCAAACAUCCAUUCUCUUCCCCCCGAGCUGCUUGCUCGUAUCAUGCUCCUCACAAUUCGUAGUGUGAUGAUGACGGCCAUAGAUGAUCAGACGCUGGUUUUGUCUCGCGUUUCCCGGCACUGGUGCGACGUCGCCCUUUCCUUCCCUCGUCUUUGGACAAGUUUCACCGCAGACAAACGUUACAGCCUGAAGAAGGCGCGGUUGUUUCUGGAACGCUCCAGGUCCGCUACACUCGACAUCGACAUCGACAUCUCUCCUGCGGCCACCGAGUUUGGCUCGGGUGGGGUUAUAGCUCUCGUCCUGACACAGACGUCAAGGUUCUCCGGACUUGAGGUCACCACCCAUGAGGCGGAGCUUCCUGAUGAAUUAUAUACCAGGCCUGCUCCGAGUCUGGAAAGCUUACGUAUUUUCUACCGACCGGAAUCUUACGUUGACGGCCCAGAUAUACUAGAAAUCCCUCACGAACUCUUUAACGGAGAAACUUCCUCCCUGCGAUCUCUUCUCCUAGGGGGAUGCACGGUGAUAUGGGGCUCCUCGAUUUUCUCUAAACUCAGCGAACUGAAAAUAUAUUCGAAUUCAGACUCGGUUGAUCCGUUUAUCACAAUGGAGCAGAUGGUCACCACUCUCAAAUGCUGCGCACCUACUCUCGAAACGUUGGUCCUCUGUCAGUGCAUGGCGCCCGAGUCAUCCUUACCUCCGUCCUGGGCGAUCCAACCCGGAGCUGUGACACUCUCGCGGCUCAGAAGGCUUGAACUUGAAGCAUUGCCGCUUUCUUUCCUCGCUCACUUCUUGACGUUGGUCGACUUCCCCCCCACAAUCCAGAUCAAGAUCCUGGAAGUCGACAUCCUUGAAAACGAGGCACCUAUAACCACUUCAUUCCCAGUUCUUCCCAGCAAGCUCUUCCUAACCCUGUAUGCCUCACUCAGCCCUUCACGGUACCUUCGCGUUUGCAUCAGAGAAGACCAACUUGACAUCGAUAUGUCGGAUAGUGAUGAACUUAAAGGGGAAGCGCCUUGGUAUCGCAACCGAGUCAAUCCUUGGUUUAAGAUCUCCUUCAUGUGGUCGCAUAUUGGGCAGGGGGUUGACGCGUUUACUCGCACCUUUCACGAACUCGAAGACCUACCUUUGUUGGAGAUCCAUACGCUCGUUAUAGGCGGCUCUUCGGUUCCCUCCAAAUGCUCGUUCUGGGAAGGCUUCUUCCGCAACGCCACUCGGGUUCAGCGCCUCUACCUCGCGCAUUAUAGGCUCGAAGAAGAGCAUCUGGUAAACAUCAUCCAAGUCCUUACCCCCACACACUCCAACCAGGGUGAUGGUGGAGAUGAUGGACUCCUUCUACCGAGUCUUGUGCACCUGCACUUCUCUACAACGCAGAUACAAAACGUGUCCGUGGACCUCAUGCUUGACUUCUUCAAAGGUAGGGCUCAUGUUGGGGCAAGACUAGAACAUGUGACGAUAAGGAAGCCUCGUGAGGUGAACUCGGACCUUCAAGAGUAUGCUGAAUUAAUUGGGGCCAGUCUCGUCACAGAUGGAGACAGCUAGAUGGGAAGAUACUAACAUCCAGCAACUGCGUGAGGCAUGGCGAUGGAGCAGCAUACCAGUGGCACGAAGACAUCGAUAUUUCCG